CAACACUGUAGAUGACAGAAACUCACCGUGAGUUAUUUUUUUAACCAAGAAAACCCGAGAUUAAACAAGAGCUGCAGACGGUUUGAGCUCUUAGAUGUUCAUCAUGAGAGAGCAGGUGGAUGUGAUCUGCUGUAAAUCAGUAGGAACUGAUCUGUCCAUGCUGGAUAUUGAUGAUUUCAUCACAGAAAUCUCUCAGCUGAAGAAAGAGUUGAUGUCACUGAAGACAAAACUGAUGGAGAGAGAACUGUAUUCAUCCUGCACCUGUUUUGAGCGAGUUCAAGUUGAGAUUGAGCUGGAAAAGGUUUCCUGUCAAUCUUCAGUGUGUGUGACUGAUGGGACCUCCACAGAAUGUCAGGAUUCAGUGUGGAGCGGCAGAGAUCAGUCCACACCACAGCAGCUGCUGGACAAACUCUCUGAACAGAGAUCCAGAGACACACAGGACUCACAGCUCACUUUACUCUGUUCUACUGAUGCUCAGGAGAGUGUGUGUGACAGUAAUCAGGGUGAUCAAACCUCCACAGAGUCUCUGACUUCUGUCUGUAACGCUGGAGAACAGCAGAUGCUGCAGACACCAGUGAAGAUUGAAGUGAUGCAAGAGGAGAUAAAAGAAGAAACUGCAGCAGAAGAACAACAGAGUGAUGAAGAUGAUUAUUUUAUUCCAUCAGAGUGUGUGACUGAUGGGACCUCCACAGAAUGUCAGGAUUCAGUGUGGAGCUGCAGAGAUCAGUCCACACCACAGCAGCUGCUGGACAAACUCUCUGAACAGAGAUCCAGAGACACACAGGACUCACAGCUCACUUUACUCUGUUCUACUGAUGCUCAGGAGAGUGUGUGUAACAGUAAUCAGGGAGCUCAAACCUCCACAGAGUCUCUGACUUCUGUCUGUAACGCUGGAGAACAGCAGAUGCUGCAGACACCUGUGAAGAUUGAAGUGAAGCAGGAGGAGAUAAAAGAAGAAAUCACAACAGAGGAACAACAGAGUGGUGAUGAUGGAGAACAGCAGAUGCUGCAGACACCAGUGAAGAUUGAAGUGAAGCAGGAGGAGAUACAAGAAGAAAUCACAGCAGAACAACAACAGAUUGAUGAAGAUGAUUUUAUUUCUUCAGAGCUGAUGGAAGUGCAAGAGGAAAGUCAAGAACUGAAUGAAGUGGAGGAGAAACUUCAGGAUCAGAUACAUCUUGAUUUCACAACUGAAGAAAAAUCUCUGAGUGACUCAAAGACUGAGAAGAAUUCACCACGUAAAUGCCAGCCUGAAAUACACAUGAGAAUUCAUACGGGAGAGAAACCUUACACGUGCCAUCAGUGUGAAAAAAGUUUUGCGUAUGCAGGCCAACUCAAAGAUCAUCUCCUCUUGCACUCUGGAGAAAGACCAUUUGAAUGUGAUAUAUGUGGUAAAACAUUUGUUUUGAAUUCAGUCUUAAAACAACAUCUGAAACUGCACACAAAUGAGAAGCCUUACCAGUGUUCUUUUUGUGGAAAGAGUUUUACACUCCUGUCAUAUUUGAUAGAGCACCAGAAAAUACAUACCGGCAUGAGGGUUCAUAUGUGCUUUGAAUGUGGGAAGACAUUUAUUAAAUCCAGUGACUUGAAAAACCACCACAGAAUGCAUACUGGAGAAAAACCUUUCAAGUGUUCACACUGUGAAAAGACUUUCACCCGGACAGAAAACUUGAAAGCACACAAUAGAAUCCACACUGGAGAGAAACCUUACAAGUGCUCACACUGUGAAAAGAGUUUCAAUCAGUCAAAAAACCUAAAAACACAUAAAAGAAUCCAUGCUGGAGAGAAACCUUACAAGUGCUCACACUGUGAAAAGAGAUUUACUCAGUCACAAAACCUAAAAAAACACGAGAGAAUCCAUACUGAAGAGAAACCUUACAAGUGUUCACACUGUGGAAAGAGUUUCAGUGGGUCAAACAACCUGAAAGCACACGAGAGAGUUCAUACUGGAGAAAAACCAUACAAGUGCUCACACUGUGGAAAGAGUUUCACUCUUGUACACAACCUGAAAACACAUGAGAGAAUUCAUAGUGGAGAAAAACCUUACAAGUGCUCACACUGUGAAAAGAGUUUCAGUGUCUCAAAAUACCUGAAAAAACAUGAGGGAAUUCAUACUGGAGAGAAACCUUACAAGUGUUCACACUGUGGAAAGAGUUUCAGUGUGUCAAACAACCUGAAAACACACGAGAGAGUUCAUACUGGAGAAAAACCUUACAAGUGCUCACACUGUGGAAAGACUUUCACUCUUUUACACAACCUGAAAACACAUGAGAGAAUUCAUAGUGGAGAAAAACCAUACAUGUGCUCGCACUGUGGAAAGACAUUCACUUUGCUACAACAAAUGAAAAAACAUGAGAGAAUCCAUACUGGAGUGAAACCUUACAAGUGUUCACACUGUGGAAAAAGCUUCGCUCAGUCAUACAACCUAAAAAAACACGAGAGAAUUCAUACUGGUGAGAAACCUUACAAGUGCUGACAACGUGGAAAGACAGUGCGUCAAACAACCUGAAAACACACAAGAGAGUUCAUACUGCUCAUGUUGGAGUUUCAGUGACAAGUCAUGUAGUUACUCAUAUGACAAAGUGUUGCAGAAAGGAAUCACAGAGAGAUGUCCAUCUUCAGGUGCAAUGCUUCAAAUAAAUAGUAGAAAAUUCAAAUAAACUUCUGUACAAUGUCUUGGUGCUUCAGCCUUGAAACUGACUGGUUUACAACCUGCUCUGCCUUCCAAAUGCAGCCUGUUUGUACUUGGGCUUGACCAGCCCUCACAGAGUGGUCAAUGUCGAUUCCUUUAGCUCUAAGACCAGCCUGGUCUUCUCCUGCUCGUAGCCUAAGCAGAUGGUCUUUAGUGGCAGCUGUAAGGCACUUCUUCCAAACGAUGCUACAUCUGAAACACAAAGUGGCAAGCUCAGCCUCUUCUUGAUGUAACUGUUGGCCUUGUUAUCCAGCUUUGCCGCUGCAGUGAUUUCACACAUUUUUAGUGGCCACAUCAGAUAACAUUGUUUCAAGCGACAUUGCUAAACAUAACUUCAAGCAUUUCAAAUAAUAAUUCAAUAGUCAUUAAUAAAAAUAGAACCGAGAAAAUAGUGCUUGAUUUUUGCCAGUAACACCAGCAAAUUAACAUGAAAAAAAUCAUAAUACAAAAACAAAGUAAUCAAAUGCAAAAUAAGACUAAAAGUUCUUGGGCUGUUUGGAAAUUUUCAACAAUUUUAGUUUUUUUUUGUUUAUAAUUUUUUUAUAACAAAUGGUUUCCUCCGUCUGAAUUGAUACAAGACUUUGUGUCAUGUACCAAGAAAUUUACUUGAUCUGAGUCUAAUGUGUCAGUAAAAAUAAGGCAACACCUUUGAUGUUCACUGUCAAAAUUCAAAGUCAAGUCAAAGCAUUUAUUUUCAUAUGUAAUGAGUAAUUUGGAACAAAUGCAAUGAAAUUCUUAAUUAUGUGCUUCUCACAGAGCAGCAAUGUAAAAUGUGCAAUAUCCACAUACAGACAAUGAGUAAACAUAAAUACACAGACAUCAAACUCAACUUGUACUUUUACAAUAAAGUGUAAAUGUAAUUUUCUGUGUUAUACGCUUGCCAAUUAAUUUCUGUGUGCACAGCCAUUUUCAGAUCUCUCAGAGAUGUUCAAUCGGGUUCAAGUCUGGGCUCUGGCUGGACCACUCAAGGACAUUCACAGAGUUGUCCUGUAGCCACUCCUUUGUUAUCUUGGCUGUGUGCUUAGGGUCGUUGUCCUGUUGGAAGAUGAACCUUCACCCCAAUCUGAGGUCCAGAGCACUCUGGAGCAGGUUUUCAUCAAGGAUGUCUCUGUACAUUGCUGCAUUCAUCUUUUCCUCGAUCCUGACUAGUCUCCCAGUUCCUGCUGCUGAAAAACAUCUCCACAGCAGCCACCAUGCUUCACUGUAGGGAUGGUAUUGGCCAGGUAAUGAGCGGUGCCUGGUUUCCUCCAUACAUGACGCUUGCUAUUCAGGCCAAAGAGUUCAAUCUUUGUUUCAUCAGACCAGAGAAUUUUGUUUUUCAUCGUUGGAGAGUCCUUCAGGUGCCUUUUGGCAAAAUCCAGGCGGGCUGUCAUGUGCCUUUUACUGAGGAGUGGCUUUCGUCUGGCCACUCUACCAUACAGGCCUGAUUGGUGGAUUGCUGCAGAGAUGGUUGUUCUACUUGAAGGUUCUCCUCUCUCCACAGAGAAAUGCUGGAGCUCUGUCAGAGUGACCAUCAGGUUCUUGGUCACCUCCCUGACUAAGGCCCCCCCCUCCCACGAUCGCUCAUUUUGGCCGGGCGGCCAGCUCUAGGAAGAGGCCUGGUGGUUCCAAACUUCUUCCAUUUACGAGAAUGCUUUCAACUAUUAUUUGUUUUUAAGAACCAGCUUUUUCAGAGUGACUUUCAGGUUCUUGGUCACCUCCCUUCUCCCCCGAUCGCUCAGUUUGGCCGGGCGGCCUGCUUUAGGAAGAGUCCCGGUGGUUCCAAACUUCUUCCAUUUACAGAUGAUGGAGGCCACUGUGCUCAUUGGGACCUUCAAUGCUGCAGAAAUGUUUCUGUACCCUUCCCCAGAUCUGUGCCUCGAUACAAUCCUGUCUCUGAGGUCUAAAGACAAUUCCUUGGACUUCAUAGCUCGGUUUGUGUUCUGACAUGCACUGUUAACUGUGGGACCUUAUAUAGACAGGUGUGUGCCUUUCCUAAUCAAGUCCAAUCAACUGAAUUUACCACAGGUGGACUCCAAUAAAGUUGUAGAAACAUCUCAAGGAUGAUCAGUGGAAACAUGAUGCACCUGAGCUCAAUUUUGAGUGUCAUGACAAAGGCUGUGAAUACUUAUGUACGUGUGAUUUGUUUUUUUUGUUUUUUUGUUUUUAUUUAUAAAUUUGCAAAGAUUUCAAACAAACUUCUUUCACAUUGUCAUUAUGGGGUAUUGUUUGUAGAAUUUUGAGGAAAAUAAUUGUUUUAAUCCAUUUUGGAAUAAGGCUGUAACAUAACAAAAUGUGGAAAAAGUGAAGCGCUGUGAAUACUUUCCGGAUGCACUGUAGACAACAAGCCUUUUUUUAAGUGCUGAGAGCUUUUGUUGGCUUCUGAGUUGUCUAGAAGCCCAAUCUAGGUGUCAUUGUGAAGUAGAUAAUCUGAGCUUUACAAUGAUGCAUAACAUUUAAUCUUCAAUAGAUGAGAACCUAUUUUGCUGACGAUUUGUUUCUCAUACUUUUCUACGGGACAUCAUAUUUUGUUCUAAAUAAAAUUGACACAACAUUGGAUUAUGCACCCAAUCUAGCUAACAAACAAGUAAACGUCACUAUUUCUUCAAAUCCUUUUUAAAGCUAACAACCCAAGGUAAGAUUUUAUAUAAAGUUUGAGGCUAUUUGGGGCUUACAGAUCAGUGGUCAGCAAAGAAAAGUGACAUUGGCAUUUUAUCUAUUUAAUCUAUCUAUUUGAAGGACAUUUACAUUCAUUUAAAAAAAAAAAAUGUUUAUGUAAUCUGUAGGUGUGGCCAAUUUGCGACACAUUUUUUUCAGGCAUCCACCAGCUGAUGGUGUCGUGGAAGAGGACUCCAGUGGCAACCUGUGAAGCCGGGUCAACUCCUAAAGCCAUUGGAUAACAUUCGACGUCUCUGCUCCGUUUCAGCACUUUUAAUACUCUUUUCCAAUUCUAUGAAUUCUUGUGCUUUGGUCUUUUUAAUUAAUGAGGCAUAUUGUAUGAUCCACCACCUAAGAACUGCCUUGAGCCCUUCCAUGCCAUGCCCACAGAGGACCAGUUGGUUUCUACACAGACAUUGACUUCUGUCUUUGACAUUUGUUGAAAUGCUGGGUCCUGUAAAAGGGGUGUAUUAAAGCACCAUCUAUAUGAUUUUCUUUUCUCUAUAUGUGUCAACAUGUCUUAACACACCAAAGAUAAUAUUCUGUCACAGAAGGUCGAGUUUUGUUUGGACAGACAUAUUUUG